GUAUAGCCCCCAAGAGUCUUUUCACCACCAAAGUUACAUUUUGAGUCUGUUCAUAGGCAAGGCAUGGCUUCAUCUAUCACUCUGAUCGCAGUCUUUUCAAUUGCCCUGUUUGCAUGCAUCACGGAAGCAAGGAAGAAUCCUACGGACUUUUUGCAAUCUGCUGUCAUUAAUGAGCAUACUGAGGACAAUCACCAUGCAGAGUCGUCCCUUUCCAAUCAGAAGAAGACAAGUAAUGGUAACACAUUGAAGGAUUUCGAGUCGAAGCCCGGCUCCUUUCUCUGGGGGUAUCAAGGCAACGAGGCUGAGUCUAAGUCUAAGGAGGAGAAGCCUCUUAUGAAAGGCUUUGAGUCGAAGCCCGGCUCCUUUCUCUGGGGGUAUCAAGGCAACGACGUUGAGUCUAAGUCUAAGGAGGAGAAGCCUUUUAUGAAAGGCUUUGAGUCAAAGCCCGGCUCUUUUCUCUGGGGGUAUCAAGGCAACAAUGCUGAGUCUAAGUCUAAGGAGGAGAACCCUCUUAUGAAAGACUUUGAGUCGAAGCCCGGCUCCUUUCUCUGGGGGUAUCAAGGCAACGACGCUGAGUCUAAGUCUGAGGAGGAGAAGCCUCUUAUGAAAGACUUUGAGUUGAAACCCGGCUCCUUUCUCUGGGGGUAUCAAGGCAACGACGCUGAGUCUAAGUCUAAGGAGGAGAAGCCUCUUAUAAAAGACUUUGAAUCGAAGCCCGGCUCCUUUCUCUGGGGGUAUCAAGGCAACGAUGUUGAGUCAAAGUCUAAGGAGAAGAAGCCUCUUAUAGCCCGGCUCCUUUCUCUGGGGAUAUCAAGGCCCUCUUAUGAAAGACUUUGAGUCAAAGCCCGGCUCCUUUCUCUGGGGUAUCAAGGCAACGACGCUGAGUCUAAGUCUAAGGAGGAGAAGCCUCUUAUGAAAGACUUUGAGUCGAAGCCCGGCUCCUUUCUCUGGGGGUAUCAAGGCAACCACGCUGAGUACAAGGAGGAGAAACCACUCGUGAAAGAUAAUUAAUGUCCAGGGAAGCCGCAACUUUACCUCUGAAUGGACCACGGACAUAUAUGUCUUCUAGCUGGUCUGAUUUUCUGCAUUUUCUUUAUUGGCAUGAACAUGUGUGAUAUGUAAUAAAUGCAGUUCUUCUUUCAACCAAGCGUUCUGUAUAAUUAAUUAAAUGAAAGUCAGUAGCGUUGAGUGCA